AGCGGGCUUCAGGAGCUGCUCCAGGCAGCCUGGCCCGGCUUGAGAAGGCUUUGUGGGCCUGGAGGGUGGAUCUGAGAAGGUUUGUCUGAACUCAGAAGCUGCAGGAGAGACACGUGUGACGCGGCCCGGGACCACCCCAGCCACAGGGCCCAGGCUGUCCACUCUUAACUGUCCAGGAAGCUCCGAGGGCAGACGUGCUGCCCCGGCACCAUGGAGGAGGGAGCCGGGGAACCCCCCGCACCCCGAGACUUCCCUUACUACCCCCUGGAUCUGUAUGACUCUGAGGACAGACUGCCCAUCUUCCCAGAAGAAAACCCCCUGGUGGAGAGACACGGGGCCCGCACGGCCCAGGGAGACCAGGAAGAGGACGUGGAGGAGCUGGUCCGUCUCUACAGCCUCGAGGAUGACCAGGAGCUAGGGGACGAGGCUGUGGACGAGACCAGGCCGAGAAUAGAGGUUUCACAAUAUGCUCCUUACUCCAUGAAGAGGCGCGAGCCGGCCAGGGAGCAGCGGGGCUGGAGGCCUGGCGGGGAGGCCGCGGGGCCCGAGGACCCGGGCUUGGUCGGCUGGGGCGGCGCGGGCCAGCGCCAGGACUGGCGGGACGCCUACCGGUUCUCCCAUGGCCGCGCCAGCGAGGAGUACGAGUGCUACGUCAUCCCCGAGGAGGAGGGGGAGGAGGAGGCCGCCCGGGCCUUCUGCGUCACCUGCAGGGCCCCCCUGUGCGCCCUGGAGGGGGGCUUUGACGAGCACCGGGAGCACGAGGUCGCCCCCCUCAGCGAGGCGCUGGAAAGCGCCAAGGAUGAGAUCCACAAAAACAUGUGCAAACUGGAAAAGCAGAUUAUCGAGAUGGAGAACUUCGCGAGCCACCUGGAAGAGGUCUUCAUCACCGUGGAGGAGAAUUUUGGAAGACAGGAACAGAACUUCGAGUCGCAUUACAACGAGAUCUUGGAAACCCUGGCCCAGAAAUACGAAGAAAAAGUGCACGCACUAGGGGAGAAGAAGAGAGAGAAGCUGGGGGCCUUGUACGGGCAGCUGGUGAGCUGCGGGGAGAGCCUGGAGACGUGCAAGGAGCUGAUGGAGACCAUCGAGGACAUGUGCCACGAGGAGAAGGAGGACUUCAUCCAGGAUGCGGUGGCGAUGGCUGACAGACUCGGGGAUUUCCUGAAGACGAAAACAGACCUGGAGAUCUCCGAGCCGCCCGACCUGGAGGACCAGACCCUGGACUUCUCGGACGUGGAGCAGCUCCUGGGCUCCAUCAACGCCGUCCCAGCUCCUUCCGCACCCGUCAUCAACCCGCAGGCCCCCAGCUCGGCGACGGGCACCUCGGUCCGCGUGUGCUGGAGCCUGUGCUCGGACGACACCGUGGAGAGCUACCUGCUGUGCUGCCGGCCCGCGCGCAACGGCUCCCCGGGGCCCGAGCAGGCGGAGUUCACCUUGACCGUCAAGGAAACGUACUGCUCGGUGACCAACCUGGAGCCCAACACCCAGUACGAGUUCUGGGUGACGGCUCAGAACAGGGCCGGCCGGAGCCCCGCCAGCGAGCGUGUGGUGUACACCACAGCACCAUCUCCCCCCAUCAUAAGAAGCGAAGCGCUGAGGAGCUGCGAGGAGGCUGCGCUGAUCGCCUGGGAGCCGGGGGACCCGAACCCUGUGGACUCGUACACGGUGGAGCUGACCCCGGUGGAGACGGCCGGGGCCUUGGGUGUGACUGAGUCUGUCGUGGGGAUCCCGGCCCGAGAGGCCCUGGUGCAGCUGCAGCCCCGGCAGAGCUACACCCUCUACGUGCGAGCCGUGAACGCGGCGGGGGCCAGUGCCAGGAGCCAGCCCGCCACUGUCCACACCACAGGCAGCCACUUCCGCCUGAACCCUCACACCUGCCACCCCUGGCUGAGCGUGUCGGAGGAUGGGCUGACGGUUGUGCGAGAGAGGAGACCCCCCGCAAGGGAGCCGAGCCCCAGCAACAACCGCUUCACCAGGUGCGUUGCUGUCCUGGGGGACCUGACACCCGUCCGCGGGCGCCACUACUGGGAGGUGGAGGUGGACGAGCGCCUGGACUACACGGUGGGCGUGGCCUGGGCAGAGGCGCCCAGACAGGAGGACCUGGGGGCCAACGCCCAGUCCUGGUGCCUGCGGCACACCCUGGCCUCGGCGGGGCACAAGUAUGAAUUCCUACACGACAAGAUGAGCCCAGACAUAAGAGUAACGGUGGCCCCCAGGAAGCUCGGCGUUCUCCUAGACUAUGACAAUUCCAAGCUGUCAUUUUUCAAUGUGGACAUUUCUCAGCACCUCUACACAUUCAGCUGUCAGCUCCCCCAAUGUGUGCAUCCCUGUUUUUCUUUGGAAAAGCCCGGACGUCUAACGAUACAGAACGGCAUUCCCACGCCGAAGCACGUGGCUUUCUACUGACCGCUGACCCUGGCCUCGUCCGCAGCCUGAGCACGUCCAACAGGAGGAGCGUGGCCCAGCGCCUGUCUCCGCCCUGCCUAUUGGUGUAAACAGUGGUUGGGGUUCCUGAAUAACUCACCUCAACAGCCUCAUAGCUUCAUGCACGCAUGUGCACACACACACGCACGCACACAACUGCCCUGCCAAGCUGGGUCACUACCCCAAAGUAAGGAAUCACCCAUGUCAGCACAGAGAUGGCUCAAGAUAUAAACAAAAAAUGUAUGUUUAAAAAAAUGUCAUCAGUAACGGAAAAAGCCCCCCAGGUGGGACAGGCCGGAGAGACCAGGCAAACGUGAGGGAAGGCAGGGCUCCAACAGGCCUCACUGGGGACACGGACAUGGACAAAGACCUGGCACCUGUGAGAUUUCAAUAAAAUUUUAUUUGACCAAGAAAGGCUGUCUAGACUUAGCUCUGACGUUUAAAACCCACUUAAACAAGGCCGGUGACCAACCUCAAGUAUCCGGUUUCUCAGCAUAAAGAACCUUUGUUUGAAUACAUUUCUCAUCUUCAGGAAAAAAUAAAUCUAGGACGGAAUCAAACAAAAGUUUUUGUUAUUUUUUUUAAUAAAA